GCAUCUCUUCUCCAGACGGGAGGGGGCGUGGCUUCACUUCCGCUUCAGCGCUCGACUCCCGAAGUACUAGAGCAGAUCUCCGCUUUGUUCUGUACGAGGUUUGUGACUCGCUCUACUGCAACGGCGGUCGACGACAAAGGAAAGGAAGACUAAAGCUGUAAAGUGUCUACAUGGCCGUCAGAAGAGGACACAUUAGAUAUUUAAAAGUUUGUGAGGUUCAGAACCAGGGUAAUGACAGAGACUCACACAAGGGUGCCAGCUCAGUAAAGCAGGAAGUAUACGACAUGCCGAAUGGUUACGAGGACCACAUGGGCGAUGAGCCGAGUGAUGCGAAAACCAACCUGAUUAUCAACUACCUGCCCCAGAACAUGAGUCAGGAGGAGCUUCGGAGUCUCUUCAGCAGCAUUGGCGAGGUGGAGUCGGCCAAACUCAUAAGAGACAAGAUGGCAGGCCACAGUUUAGGGUACGGAUUUGUUAACUAUGUUAACCCUAAUGAUGCAGAAAGGGCAAUCAAUACACUCAAUGGCCUGAGACUACAGUCUAAAACUAUCAAGGUCUCGUAUGCCCGGCCAAGCUCUGACAGCAUCAAAGAUGCCAAUCUGUACAUCAGCGGUUUACCCAAGACCAUGACACAGAAGGAUGUAGAGGACAUGUUUACCCAGUAUGGGCAUAUCAUAAACUCCCGCAUACUGGUUGAUCAGGCCUCUGGAUUGUCGCGUGGAGUUGCAUUCAUUCGUUUUGAUAAGAGGUCUGAAGCAGAGGAAGCCAUCAAAGAUCUUAAUGGUUCCAAACCAGCUGGUGCCUCUGAACCAAUCACAGUAAAGUUUGCUGCCAAUCCAAACCAGACCAAGAAUUCCCAGCUGCUCUCUCAGCUGUACCACACUCAAUCCCGUCGGUUCGGUGGACCUGUUCAUCACCAGGCACAGCGCUUCAGGUUUUCACCCAUGAGUGUUGACCACAUGAGCGGCGGCACAGCCUCUGGUAUGAAUGCGUCAAGCAGCUCUUCUUCUGGAUGGUGUAUCUUCAUCUACAAUUUGGGUCAGGAUGUAGACGAAGGCAUCCUAUGGCAGAUGUUUGGUCCAUUUGGCGCUGUCACCAAUGUCAAGGUCAUCCGUGACUUUAACACCAACAAAUGCAAAGGUUUUGGGUUUGUUUCCAUGACAAAUUACGAGGAAGCAGCAAUGGCCAUCGCCAGCCUGAAUGGAUACCGCAUGGGAGACAAAGUCCUACAGGUGUCGUUCAAAACCAGCAAGUCUCACAAGUAAAGGGACUGGUGGGUUUUUUUGUCAUAUAAGAGAACCUGAAAGAAGGUUUGUCUGAAGAUUUCAUUGUUGACUGUCUACAUAAACAUACUCAUACAUUGUGUUGGGGUGAAAUAAGUGCUAGUGUUUUAUUCUGGAGGUUGAGGAAAAAACCUGGACAUUUGAAAAGUUUAAGCUAUAUAUCUAAAUAUAUAUCUAGUGUUUUUUUUUUUUUUUUUGAUAACUUAUGAUGCCUUAAAGAUAUCAUGGCAUUGUUGCUCUUUCCUUCUAAUCCCUCUUCCCUUAUUCCCUCUGGACUUCUUGGUCCUGUUUUGUUCAUUAUAUUAUAUAAUGAAAGCUUUACGCUUUAUUGUCAAUACAAACUACACGUCCCAGACUCUUCUAGACAUUUGUAAAUAGUAACCAGUCCCAUUCUUCAGUGCUCUCGCUCACCCAUCUGUAAGGUAAAAGAACGUUUGAAGGACCAAAGAACUUGGAGUGUAAAGCAAAUGCCUUUUAAGUGUUUUAGUUUUCCUGUUUGGAAGUUAAAUCUAAAACCGCAAGUAUUGUCUUCUUUAAAUCUAGGAUUUCUCUUUUUCUUUUUCUCCACUGCAGUUUGCAUUGCUUAUAAUAGCAAAAUAGUUAUUUUGUUUGAUAUUAAAGGUUUUUUUUUUUUUUGCAUUUAACAGCAUGUUUCUUUUUGUGUUUUGUCUGUCUUGUUUUAUUUGAAAGGUGGUUGAAAGGAGCAUUUUAAAAUUUUAGUUUUUUUAAUUCUCUUUUUAAGCAGCAUUGAAUUCACUCCCUAAAUCGUGUUUAAGGUCUGGGACAAAUUCUGUAUACAUUUGAGGCUGAUAGGAGCAGAGUUGUAGGCACAUGGCUGGAAGUUUAAGUCUAGAAUUACACAUUUGCUUGCGAAAUUUACAUUAAUAGUGCAUUUUAAUGUAGUGUUUUAUUCUGUACUUAGUCAAUCCUAAAUGCAGCUUCGUACGUUUUAAUGUGAAAUUUGAAAUCUCUAUUUGAGACCUUGUCAUGUAAAGCCACACAAAGGUGAAGAAUUGUGUUUUAUUGUUCUGAAGAUAUCACAUGGUACUAGUAAACAUCCAGUUUGCAGAUCAGCACUAUACUUUGUGUGCAUGUUCAUUUGUCGGUAAGUUUGACGUCAGUAAUUGUACAUGUCAUGCUUUGGGUCUUUACUGGUAGUGUGACCUAAAGACUUGUAGCAAGAUGUUCCAUGUCUUUCAUUCAAAUAAAUGCCAUUUUGUUGUAAAAAUGUA